UGAACUUCGCGGGAACUUUUGUAUUUUCGCGCAUUCAGGCGCCUGUUGCAGUGUGCGAGAAGAUUGUGUUUAAGUUUUGGAGAUUUUAAAGCAAACAAGUGGCAGUUUCUUUGCAGUGUAAUGUAGAAUAUGUGAGGUGUGUGCUUCUUUCUUUAAAUGAUUAAUGUACUGCUGAGUUAAUCUGCAUUGUUUUGGUGUCUGACAAUCGACACGGCACUCGAUCUCCCGAUACUAGAUCACGGACAUUGUUGUUUUGGCUUGCGCAUCAGCUGAUCAGCCGUCUACAACACGAUGAUGGAGUCGACAAUGUACUCGACCAUGAACGUGGAACUUGUGUCAGCCUGCAGUGCUCUGGGUUGCUUAGAAGGGAAUAAAUACCAGAAGGAACCUGACUGCCUUGAAACACUGAAAGAUCUGAUCCGUUUCCUUCGACGCGAGGAUGAGACGUGCGACAUUCGCCGCCAGCUUGGCAAUGCACAGAUUCUCCAGAACGACCUGCUGUACAUCACGAAGCAGUACAACAAGGACACGGAGCUGUUCGAAACUUGCAUAAGGCUUCUCGUUAAUCUGACCCAGUCGCCGGAGAUAUGUUUCCAAAAAGUCCCCGAGGACAAGAUGUUCCGGAACUACUUCUUGGAAGUCUUGUCUCAUCUGCAGUCUUACAAGGAGGCAUUUGCCGAUGAGGAGUUGAUGGGGCUCCUUGCUCGCAAGCUGAAGAAACUCCUGGACUUGGAGUGGGAAAGUCGUCGGGAAGACCACACCCUCCUCAUGGAGAGGAUUCUGCUCCUUGUGAGAAACAUCCUCCAUGUUCCUGCUGACCCCGGUUAUGAAAAGCGCACUGACGACGAUGCGAGUGUUCACGACCAGGUGCUGUGGGCUCUCAACAUGAGUGGCAUGGAUAAGCUGAUUCUGUACAUUGCUAGCUCAGAGGCUGAACAGCAGUGGUGCAUGCAUGCUGUGGAAAUCAUCUCACUCAUGUUUAGAGAACAGACUCCGGAACAAGUUGCCAAGGCUGGGGAAGCACGUCUGGCCAGCGAACGACAGAAAGACGAACAGGAACUGGAGAUGAUCAGGCAGCAGGAACUGGCCGAGAAGAGGGCAAAGGUCAUGGCAACUAGUGCAAGACAUUCGCGUUUUGGUGGAACGUUUUGCGUGAAGAACAUGAAGUCUAUCAGCGACCGUGACAUCAUAUACCACGCCGCCAUUCAGAACUCCAAUAACAUCACCUUCGACAACAAGAAGGAACCCAAGAAGAAACCCAAGAACAGGAUGCCGAUGAAGGACACGUCAAUCACACGCAGGUCCACCUUGAGCAUCCGUCUGUUCCUCAAGGAAUUCUGCAUUCUGUUCAUCGAGAACUGCUACAAUCCCCUCAUGCAUGCCGUCAAGGAUCACAUCAUGCACCAGCGUGCCCAGGAAAACGACGAUUCCUUCUACCUGUGGGCCAUGCGGUUCUUCAUGGAAUUCAACCGACUUCACAGAUUCAGAGUGGACAUUGUCAGUGAGACAUUUUCUGUGCAGUCUUUCUUCUACGUUCAAACCCAAAUCAUCAAGUAUUUGGACAUGAUGACAACAGACAAGAAAGAAGCCCCUGCGUGGUCUAAAAGAAUGCAUCUGGGCCUGAAGGCCUACGGCGAGCUGGUUGCCAGUGUGGAUGCAAUGGCGCGCUCCGGUGACCCCAAGAUACGGGAAUCGGCCAGGGUGAUCCAGAGCAACAUCUUCUAUGUCAUAGAGUAUCGCGAAGUGUUCCUGACUCUACUCAAGAAGUACAAUGAGGUCUAUUGCACAAGAUCCUACUUAAAGGACUUGAUAGAGACUACGCACACUUUCAUCAAGAUGCUGGAAAGAUACUGCAAAGGCAAGAACACCAUUAUGGUCCAGAAAAAGAAACGUAAGCAGAAGCAGCGGCGACGUCGUCCCACAGCUCAGCGACAACAACAUGCAGAGCAGCCUGGUGAGGCCGACGAAGAGCUCAAUGCAUUGUGGGAUAACAUAACCUCUGACCUGUCGGCCAUGUUUCAAGGCCGGGAGGACAUCCCAGAGAACGCUGUGCCAUUUGACGCUGCGUCGGAGUUACCUGUGGAAGAACAGAGGGCUGAUGCCAUGGUGCGUAUUCAGCGCAGUCUUCGUACCGGUCAGCCCGGUGAUUCCAUCGCCCUGCUCCGUGCCGCUAGGGAGGUGUGGCCAGAGAAUGACAUCUUUGGGGCGGUAGACAUUGGGCCUGAGGAUGAAUUCAUGGCGCUCCGAGAAAUCCACUUCACAAACCUCAACGUAGCAGCCCCACCGCCACCUGUGGAUGAAGCAAAUGAUGUAAAUGAAGAGGAAUUUGAAGAUGAAGAAGAUGAGCUCUUGGAGGCAGAAAGAAGAGAGGACAGAACGGAGGAGGAAUUCAACUUAAAGGUUUUCAUCAACAAGUUCAGCCAUCCCGAGGUAAUACGUUGCUAUGUCCAGCUGCUAAAAGAUUACCGUAGCAACUCGGCUCUAACCAACCACUGCAUCGUCAAGAUGCUACACCGCGUCUCCUGGGACUGCGACAAGACGGCCUUGCUCUUCCAAAUCUCCCUCUUCAGGAUAUUUCAGAAGAUUGUGAACGACCCCAUUGCAUCGACCACCAGUAUGAAGGAAACAGUGAAGUUUUCCAAGUUCAUCGUGGGCAAGUUCUUUGAGAUGGCGGCCUCCAACCCUAAGAUGUACAUGGAGCUGUUGUUUUGGAAGGAUGCCCGAGACCUGUUUGAGAUCAGCGAAGGAUACGGUGCGGUCAUGGAGAAAAAGAGCAAGAAAUCAUCUGUUGAGUGGCGGGAGGAGGAGCAACAUGAAUUGGCUCAGCUGUACGAGGAGCACAAUGAGACAGUGGAAGGAGACAAGGAUGUUGUUGACCACAUUAUGGAACAUAUCAUCGACGACAGCAGGACAAGGAGACAGAUAAUAACUCAGCUUCAGAGGCAAGGAAUCAUCGAUAGCGCAGCUGACCUGAAACGGAAAAAAGGAGCCAAAAGAGUUACUAUCUGGCGGGAGGACCACGAGUUUGAACUCCGUAAUCUGUUCGAGCAACACAAGGGAUCUGACGACAUCCUCGGCAACAUCAUGAACGGCAUGACGGAGAAGCGCUCCAAGGCCAAAGUCAUGGACAAGCUUCUUGGCUUGGGGCUGGUCCAGGACCGCAAGGAGCUGUACAAGAAACGAGGAGGAGGCAAAGGAGGCAAGGCUGAGAAGAAGAGACGCGGUCGCCGUGGAAACAGCGAUGAUGAUGACGACGAUGAUGAUGAUGGUGGUGGUCUAGAAAAUGAUAGAAAUUUCAUCGAUGACAUGGAUGAAGAAGAUGAGUUCGAAGGCUUCCUGGCACAGCACAAGCGAGAUUCCCAGGAUGCGUCAGCCUAUGACAGCAAGACGGAGAGUGAAUCGAGCGACGCCUCAGAGGACGAAGCAAGCAGUGAGGAAGAUGAAGCAGGAGGCACUGAGGAGGGGGCUUCCGUCAACAGUCUCAUCAAGAAAUUGCAGGAGAAAGGUUUGACGGAGCAGAUUCUCUGGGUACAGAGUGGAUUGAGAAGCACGGCCGACGACAGAGAAAAAGACAAGGAUGAACAGGCAAUCCCCAUCGUGCCUCUCUCUGAGGAGAACGGAGAUGCCAUGGACAACAAGCUCUUCCAGCGAAUGCUCAAAACUGUUGGGAUUUCUGCACCCAACGGACACGAGGAAACUUUCUGGCGCAUACCUGGCCACCUUGACCCAGAGCAGCUCCGAGAGAUGGCGGAUUCCAUCGAGCCCCAAGAGGGGGUGGCUGAAUCGGCUGCCGAGCGCAAGAAGAAGUCCAACCCCAGGUACAAGGCGCUGAAGGAGAUGGCUAGACAGCGGAGGCAGGAGAAGAAAACGUCCAAGGACCGAGGGAGGAGGAAGGAGCGUCGUCGAGAGGACGUCCCGGUCACCGAGGUGAUUAGCCAAGUCAUGGAUGAGGAACGGUUGCCAAUGGAGACGGAACGAGGCGAGGAGAGUGAUAGCGAUGAUGGAGGAGCAACCAGGGAGAGAGUGUCACCUAGGUCGGGUCAGAGGAGAAGUCGGGUCAAGAGAGCACUGCAGAGCGAUUCAUCCGAUAAUGAAAGUACCGUGGAGCCAUCUCCAUCCGACAGUCCGGUUACCAAUGAAACUCAGCCCCCGGGCACCAGCCAGCCUGCUGCCAAGCGCAGCCGUCUGUUGCUAUCCAGUGACGAUGACAGUGAUAGAGAGGGUGACACACCCCGGACCAGAGCCACCCAGGGGCAGUCCCAAGCACCAACAGACAGUCAGACAAACCCCUCCCUGCCGACCACGGAUCUGGCCAUGGAUUCUGACUCCCAGGAUUCAGACGAUGACAUGCCUCUACACAGGGUUGCUAGGCGACGCAUCGUCGAGUCGGAUAGUGAUGAAGAUUGAUUGACGUUGGCUCACUCAUAAAAGUGCUCUGCAAGUUUGAUGCAGCAACUAAGUGUGACUGCACAAUUCUUGAAUUAAUGGUUAUUGAGAAAAGGAAAUGAGCAGUGGGGAAAAAUGUAAAGAAGCAAAUUUCUCCAUUCUUGUUUUCUUCUGUGCAGAUGCGCGUAGUGAGAAACACUUUCAAGUUCCAAAUUUCUUAUGUUAUUAUUGUGGGUGCUCCACCAUUAGAGUAACGGUUACCUAGUUCAAAUUUCUUGUAAAAAGCACACCCCUAGUCCCUUUACCACAAAAAUUAGCAGAUAUAUUUCUUGUGGAUUUGUGUUGGUGGAAGAUCCCUAUGAUUUCAUACUCGUACUUAUUUGGCAGCAACUUUAGAUGUUAUUUUCCGAAGGCCUUCAUGCCCAAGCUGGAUGUUUCGCAAAACUCUAGAAACAAAAAUGUUAAAAGUCUCUCCUACUGUCCAUUUGUAAAUGCUAUAGCUUUUGCAACAUGAGAUGUUUUGUUCUUUCAGACUUUAGUGCAAACAGGGCCAAGUUCGGGCAAGGACCAUUAGUCGACUAGUGGUUGAUUUGUGACGUACCUUACGCCUGCGCACUAA